AUGGCCAGAAUGGGGGAGGAAGCAGGUAUCACUGCAAUAUUCUUUGCCGACACCUAUGCUGGCCACGACGUUUACGGAGGAAACAUGGAUGCAGUCUUUCGAGCUGGUGUGCAGGUAGCUCAACUCGACCCUCUUGUCAUCAUAUCAGCUAUGGCGGCCGUAACCAAAUCUAUAUCCUUUGGAGUCACAGGCAGCACAAGCUACAUUCCUCCAUUCCCACUAGCGCGGACAUUCAGUACCUUGGAUCACCUCACCAAAGGGCGUAUAGCAUGGAAUGUUGUAACAAGCUGGUCACAGGCUGCAGCAGACGCUUUUGGCAAGGAGCUCGUCCCUCAUGACCAGAGGUACGAGAUCGCGGACGAGUACAUGGAUGUCAUCUAUCGACUGUGGAACGCUUCGUGGGCAGACGGGGCCCAAGUCUGGGACCGUCAAAACCACAUUGCAUAUGAGCCGUCAAAGAUCAAGAAGAUCGAGCAUAGUGGUAAGCACAUUAAACUCCGCGCCCGGCAUCAGACGCAUCCGUCACCCCAGAGAACGCCUGUCAUUUUUCAAGCUGGUACAUCCAAGGUUGGCCAGGCCUUUGCAGCCAAGCAUGCAGAGGCGGUGUACAUUGGCGGCCUGGUACCCAGCCAAGCUGCCUACCAGAUCAAAGCGGCUCGAGAGAUCGCGAUGGCAGCGGGCCGUGAUCCCACCACCAUCAAGUUCUUCGCAGCCAUCAAUCCGAUCAUUGGACGAACAGUAGAAGAAGCCGAAGCAAAAUUCAAGGAGGCCCAGGAGCAUGCCGACGUCGUUGGCGCUCUGGCUCAGUUCUCAGGUUAUACUGGGAUUGACAUGAGCAAGUAUCCGUUAGAUGAAGAGCUAAAGUUAGAUACGUCCAAGCCCAAAGAAAGCGCUGUGCAAGGUUUCCUUGGAAACUACGGCGAUAGCCAGAAAGAUGGCGAUGUAUGGACUCCAAGGAAGCUCGGCUUGAAGAUUGCGAUUGGGGGCUUUCACCCGUCGCCGGUCGGGACGCCGGAAAUGAUAGCUGAUAUCAUGGAGCAGUGGGUUGAUGAAGCUGACGUCGAUGGCUUCAACAUGGCCUAUAUCAGCAACCCGGGAUCCUUUGAGGAUAUCGUCGAGCUGCUGGUACCGGAGAUGAAGAAACGCGGUCUAAUGUUUGAGGACUAUGCUGUGCCGGGAGGAACAUUCCGAGAAAACUUGUUGAGGCAGCCAGGCCAGAAGACACUGAGAAGCGACCACUAUGGAAGCACCUUCAAGUUUGAGGAUGAACCUGUUGAGGCUCAACGGACGACAGACGGACUAGAUACUUAG